UGCAAGUGCAAGUGCAAGUGCAAGUGCAAGUGCAAGUGCCAGUACCAUCCAUCAUCGUACGUGCAAUCUGCCGGUGGGGGCACUGUGAAUCAUUGAACCAGUACAGAUGCAGCACAGCAUAUCUGUUUGCUGGCAUCGCAGGUAGGCAAGGGUAGUCCAACCCCAUGUUCAUGUUGACAGCGAGUGCUGUGUGAUCCUGCACGCGCUACUGGUACUCCGUACGGUAGGUACAUCAUCACAACCAGGCGUUAUUACCACGCUUGCCUGUCCUUUUGUUCCUUGUGUCGUAGGCUUGCCGUCCACUUCUGUCUCUUCUGUUUACUCCGUCUCCCCCACCUGUCGGUGUCCUGUCAGUCGUUCCUGCUACGAGUUGUUUGCAAGCCUCCAGGGCUGUUUGUUUCCCUUUGGACUGAAGCGGGUCUGUGACGGACAAAACGGGAAGGAGAAGGAGAAGGACACCCACUCACCUGCCCGUCACUCGAAAACAUCAAUCACAGCGGUCAGGGAACAGCAGGCCCUUCGUCGGCUCGACUUCUGCGACCUUGCCCUGCCCACCCCGAUCAAUAAGCUUCGAGUCUGCCACCAUUUUUGGUACUCAGUACUCGCAUCCAUCAUCGACGACCAGGUACCAUCCUUACGACCCUGACCUUGUGAUCAUUCAAGCACUCUCACUUGGAUACCCGAUUUUGGACGGCCGCCAUUCCAAAUCCGCCAUGAGACUCUCUUACGCCUUGUCUCUGGCCCUGCUGGGUGCCGUGCACGCCGCCGUUUCCACAAUUUCCGCCCACGGCAACAAGUUCUUCUACGAGAACGGAACUCAAUUCUUCCUCAAGGGCGUUGCCUACCAGCUCACUUCGGACGAUCCCCUCCUCGACUCGGAGCAGUGUGCCCGCGAUGUAGCCCUGAUGCAGGAUCUCGGUGUCAACUCUAUUCGCGUCUACCACGUUGAUGCCGCCAAGGACCACUCCAAGUGCAUGUCCACCCUGGCCGAUGCUGGCAUCUAUCUCCUGGUUGACCUUGACACCUUUGAUACUUACAUACUCCCGACUAGCCCAUGGUGGAACCAGACACAGUAUGAACGGUUCACCGAGGUUAUGGAUGAGUUCCAAAAGUAUGACAAUACUCUUGGCUUCUUCGUCGGCAAUGAGGUCAUUGCCAUGGCCUCGCAGAGCAUGGCCGCUCCCUUCAUCAAGGCUGCAGCCCGGGACUUGAAGGCAUACCGCAAUUCCAAGGGCUACCGCAAUAUCCCCGUCGGAUACUCUGCGGCCGACAUUGCUGAAUUGCGGCCGAUGCUGCAGGAUUUCCUCACAUGCGGCGGAGACCCUUCAGACAGCGUCGAUUUCUUCGCACUCAACAGCUACGAGUGGUGCGGCGAUGUAGACUUCCAGACGUCCGGCUACGCCAACCUCCAGGCUGGUGCUGCUAACUUCCCCGUCCCUAUCUUCUUUUCCGAGACCGGUUGCAAUACUGCCCGGCCUCGUACAUUCGAGGACCAGGCUGCCAUAUUUGGAGAGGACAUGAUUAAUGACUGGAGUGGCUCAAUAGUUUAUGAGUGGAUCGAGGAGACGAACGACUACGGUCUGAUCUCAUACGGACCGCCUGUCCCUGCUACUGCUACCGGUAGCAACAUUGCCGACGGCUUCACGCGACAGGGCACCCCGACACCCGUAUCUCCGGACUUCUCCAACUUGAAGGCGCAGUGGGCCACGCUCAACCCAACUGGCAUCAUGAGCUCCGACAUGGAUACCAAGUCUUUGUCCACGCGACCAUGCCCCGCGUCGACCACUGGGUCCUUGGGCUGGCUCCUGAAUGGCGACGUUCAACUCCCCACGGUCGGCGAGACCCUCGUCGGAACAACUUAUGCGACAUCUGAGCCGACCGGAUCAUCAUCCUCGAACGGUGCCACGGAUGCCAACUCGACAAGCACGUCUAGCUCUCCAACUUCGAGCUCGGAGAGUCCUGCCAGCUCGACCAUGGAGUUCACCAAGAUGACUGCGGCACUUUUGGGCCUGCUGAUGUCCAUUACGCUGAUGCUGUGAUUGGACAUCACGGCGUGCCUGGCGACUGAAUGAUGAGCGUUGCGAGACACGAGCAAGUGCAACUAGCCCAUGAGAGAUGGUGCGGAAUGAGAUGGCGCCGUUGAGGAUACGUAUUCUCUUCCAUCCAUAGGCGUUUUGAACGUGACAGAGGGUUGUUGCUCCACCUUCGUCGUAAUGGCUCAGUUUCAUCAGUGGUAGCAGAGACACUUAAUGGUGUUGAAGGCCGAUAAUGUCAGAGAAAGAACAACAUACAGCUAAGGAGAUUCUACCCACAGGGAAAGAUUAUGGCACAGGGUAAUCAUUGUUCUUGUUUUUGCAUCACUAGAGCAGCUGCCUGGUUUUCUACAGUGGACAGUCUAAGCUUCAUUACAACUAGAAAAUGGAAGCGCACAUCACCAGU